UGUUAAACCAUGGUUAACUUCUCCAUUGAUGAAAUUCGGGCCCUUAUGGGCAAGCCCUGCAACGUCCGUAACAUGUCCGUCAUUGCUCACGUCGAUCAUGGCAAGAGUACUCUGACUGACUCUCUUGUGUCCAAGGCCGGUAUUAUUGCUUCCGCCAAGGCUGGUGAUGCUCGUUAUAUGGACACCCGUGCGGACGAAAAGGAACGUGGUAUUACCAUCAAAUCUACUGCAAUUUCCAUGUACUUCCAAAUGCCUGAAAAAGAUCUCUCUGAAAUCAAGCAGCGCACUGAUGGCAAUGAUUUCCUUAUCAACUUGAUUGAUUCUCCUGGUCACGUUGAUUUCUCUUCUGAAGUUACUGCUGCUCUCCGUGUCACUGAUGGUGCUCUUGUCGUCGUUGACACCAUUGACGGUGUAUGUGUCCAAACCGAGACUGUGCUUCGUCAAGCUCUUGGCGAGCGUAUCAAGCCCAUUGUUAUCAUCAACAAAGUUGAUCGUGCUCUUCUUGAAUUGCAGCUCACCAAGGAUGAUCUCUACAUGACUUUCCGUCGUACCAUUGAGUCUGUCAACGUUAUUAUAUCUACCUAUUUUGACAAGGUCAUUGGUGAUUGUCAGGUAUACCCCGAGAAAGGUACUGUUGCUUUUGGUUCCGGUCUUCACGGAUGGGCCUUUACUCUUCGUCAGUUUGCACAGCGUUAUGCUCAAAAGUUUGGUGUUGACUCUGAGAAGAUGAUGUCUCGUCUUUGGGGAGAAAACUACUUUAACCCUGCUACCAAAAAGUGGGUUACCAGUCCUAAUGCCGAUGGUGGUAAAACUCUUGAGCGUGCCUUCAACAUGUUUGUUUUGGACCCCAUUUUCAAGGUUUUUGAUGCUAUUAUGAAUGUCAAGAAGGAGGCCACUACCAAGAUGCUCGAGAAACUUGAUAUCCAGCUCAAGUCUGAUGAGGCUGAUUUAGAAGGCAAGCCUUUGAUGAAGGUUGUCAUGAAAAAGUUUCUUCCUGCUGGAGAUGCUCUUUUGGAGAUGAUUGUUAUUCAUUUGCCAUCCCCCGAGACUGCUCAGCGUUACCGUUUUGAUACUCUCUAUGAAGGUCCCGCUGAUGACGAGUGUGCUAUUGCCAUUCGUGACACUGAUCCUAACGGUCCACUCAUGGUUUACAUCUCCAAGAUGGUGCCUACCUCUGAUAAGGGUCGUUUCUACGCUUUUGGUCGUGUAUUCUCUGGCACUGUCCGUGGUGGCCUCAAGGUCCGUAUUCAGGGUCCCCACUACACUGUUGGCAAGAAGGAUGACUUGUUCAUCAAGAGCGUCCAGCGUGUUGUUCUUAUGAUGGGUCGUACCGUCGAAUCCCUUGACGAUUGUCCCGCCGGAAACAUUGUUGGUCUUGUUGGUAUCGAUCAGUUCUUGCUCAAGUCUGGAACUAUCACCACCAGUGAGAAUGCCCACAAUCUCAAGGUUAUGAAGUUCUCCGUUUCUCCUGUCGUGCAGGUCGCUGUCGAGGUUAAAAACGCCAACGAUCUUCCCAAACUUGUUGAAGGUCUUAAGCGUCUUUCCAAAUCUGAUCCAUGUGUGCUCUGCUAUACCUCUGAAUCUGGUGAGCACAUUGUUGCUGGUGCUGGUGAGCUUCAUCUUGAGAUUUGUCUCAAGGAUCUUGAGGAAGAUCAUGCCCAGGUUCCUCUUCGUCACGGUGACCCUGUUGUGCAAUACCGUGAGACCGUCACUGCCGAGUCCAGUAUUGUCUGUCUGUCCAAGUCCCCUAAUAAGCAUAACCGUAUUUUCAUGAAAGCAUCCCCUCUUCAGGAGGAGAUUGCUGUUGAUAUCGAGGCUGGAAGAAUCUCUCCCAAGGACGAUUUUAAGGCUCGUGCACGUAUCCUUGCUGAGGAAUAUGGCUGGGAUGUUACUGAUGCUCGUAAGAUUUGGUGUUUCGGUCCCGACACUGCUGGUGCCAACUUGUUGGUUGAUGUUACCAAGGGUGUUCAAUACCUUAAUGAAAUCAAGGACUCUUGUGUUACUGCUUUCCAAUGGGCUACCAAGGAGGGUUGCAUUGCUGACGAGAAUAUGCGUGCUAUUCGUUUCAAUAUCAUUGAUGUUGUUCUUCACGCCGAUGCUAUCCAUCGUGGUGGUGGUCAGCUCAUUCCCACUGCCCGUCGUGUCUGCUUUGCCUCUGUUCUCUCUGCUACUCCCGGAGUUAUGGAGCCUGUUUAUCAAGUCGAGAUUCAAUGUCCUGAAAAUGCUAUGGGUGGUAUCUAUGGUGUGCUUAACAGACGUCGUGGCCACGUCUUUUCCGAAGAACAGCGUACUGGUACUCCACUCUAUACCAUCAAGGCAUAUCUUCCCAUUAUGGAGUCUUUUGGUUUCACUGCCGAUCUUCGUGCUGCCACAGGUGGUCAGGCUUUCCCCCAGUGUGUGUUUGAUCACUGGCAAUUGCUUAACGGAAACCCACUCGAGGCUGGCAAGGUUCAGGACAUCAUUACUGCUGUCCGUAAGCGAAAGGGUCUCUCUGAGGAAAUUCCUCCCUUUGAUCGUUAUUACGACAAAUUGUAAGCGACAGUCUUCAAGUCCAUCUUUUUUGCAACUGUUAUUUGUCAAUGUCGUUUUCCCUAUUCAGAAAAAAUACAGUCGACUUUCCAUCAUC